UGAUAUCGCAAGCGAGGUUGCGUCAUCGGCCUAGCACGGCUUAAAAUGGCUGUUGCAAAUAGUGGAAGCCGAGUGGAUACAAUUUAUAGAGCUGCUAUUCAAGCUCCUAAGUUCUUUUCAAAGGGAUUGGGAGAUAUACGGCUGCUUGAACGUAUAUUUAAGCUUAUGAACAGUGUGAGACAUGAAAGAUAUACGGCCUGGGAGAACGGAGAUGGCUCAGUUAUCGACCAGUGUUUUAACAUUUGCCGUAGAUCCGAUAUUAAAAUUCUAGGGUCUGGGAAGAACGGUAUUGCUGAUGUUUUCGAAUAUGAGUUCAAGUCACCUUUGACAAAAAUUCUUCCGGGUGCUUUACCAAAGGAAAGCGAAAGAGUCAGGUUCCAACUUGUGUUGCCUACCAGCUGGAAUAGGAACGGAGAGAAAAGCGGUAGCAAAGUGCCAGAGAGAAAACCGCUUUGUAUACAUCUUGCUGGGACUGGCGACCAUUACUACUGGAGACGGCGUCACUUCAUGGCAUUACCGCUAGUAAAAGAAAACGAUGUUGCGUCAAUUAUUCUAGAAAACCCAUUUUAUGGCACAAGAAAGCCGAAAGGACAGAAUAAAUCAGGUUUGAGAUAUGUCUGUGACUUGUUUGUCAUGGGAGCAGCAUUGAAAUUCGAGGUCAUGGCAUUGUUGGCGUGGUGUGAAAAGCAAGGAUAUGGACCUCUUGGUGUCACUGGAAUAUCAAUGGGAGGCCAUAUGGCAUCAAUUUCUGCAACAUCUUGGAACAAACCAAUUGGGAUUAUACCAUGCUUAUCAUGGAGCACAGCUGCCCCAGUGUUCACUCAGGGUGUGAUGAAAUACAGUGUAUCUUGGGAUGUGCUGCAAGAGCAACUAAAAUCUACACCUGAGUAUGUGGACUUGCUUGAGAAAUACUCAAAAGAAUAUUGUGAAAAAUUGAACAGCAGGUCUAAAAGCCUCAGUGGUAUUGGCAAAUUUCCAAAGCACAUGGAAGCAUCAGGAAAAGAAGAUUUACUCAAAAUUGUUGGUGAGAGGAACACAAAACGUGCAGAUAAGUUUCGAAAUUAUGAUGUUGACAAGAAAAAGCUUGGAAUAUUUGCAGUUGAUUUUGACUCCUUGCUCAGGCUUGACAAUUUAACAAGUGGUUUGGUACAUAGCAUUUCAGAAAAGCUCAACUUUGACCUUCUUAGACAGUACUCUUUGAUUGACAGUGGCAACACAAAUGAAGUCAAUCAAGAUACUAUUGACUAUAUGGAUUCUAUAUUUCAUGAACUUACACAUCUAGAAAAAUUCACUCCACCACACCCAGAAUCAUGUAUGAUCUUUGUAACAGCCAAUCAUGACAGCUAUGUGCCCAUGAAUAACUUUAAGAGCCCUGCAGAAGUAUGGCCUAAUGCUGAGAUGCGUAGUAUUGACUGUGGACAUGUCAUGGGUGUUUUGAGAUAUCAAAAAAUGUUUAGAGAUGCUAUCCGAGAUGCUUUGAGUAGAUUAUGAUAGCCUUGUAGUUUAAAAAUAGUUUAAUUUAACAUUUUCAGUAAGAAAUUCUGGAUAUGAAGUUAUGCAGGCCCUAAAUAAAUAUGCCUUUUUGCAACACAGUAUCAAAUUUUAAGAACAACAUUUCGAAAUUGCAUCACUUAUUCAACGGCUCCAGUAGCUUCUAUUUAAGUUGAAUUACCAAAGUUCUUUAAAGUGCCUGUGACAUGAUUUUUUUUAUUCUCUUAAUUGAAGCGUUGCACUGCUCUUAUAGUAGAUCUGAACUUUUUUUUAAAAUAAAAGCGUUUUGAUAUUGAAAUUAAGCAAAAUAGUGCGGCCUAGCCAAGUCGCUUUAUCAUCAUUCGCCAUUCUCUUGUGACGUCAUGGGAGGAACUCGUUAUUGUAACAAUGUAAGCGCUACCUUCAAAAAUCUUAUCCUCGCUGCCACUACUUUAUCUGGAUAUAUCGCUCAUCUUGGACCUGUUAGAUUUCCCUCAUUGACUACGAUACAAAAACUUGAAGGAGGAGGCGAUCAGGUCCCUCCCGUGACGUCACUGUCUACUCAUUCUGAAAACCAUAACUCCUUCACUUCUCACGAAACGUAAAAACUAACCUCAGAAAUGAAAAUAACAGGCAUUUUUACAUAAGAAUAGUUAUAUAAACCCAAAAGUACGAAAGUCAUGUCACAGGCACUUUAAGGUCCUUUUUUAUAUCAAUGUUAGAAAAUCUUUAUCAUGGAGACAGGAAUCUACAAAACAAAGAGUCUAGUAAAAGGCUGUCUGAAAUAUUCCUCUGUAGAUUACUUUGAAAUUUUCUUAAGUCACCCUGCCCUUUUCCCUUCACAGGCCAGUCAUUCUGUUUGGUUGUUGAAGUAGGAAUGGAGAGUCUGAACUCAACAAAUUGUGACUUAUACUUCCACUCUCUAUGACAACAUAUGUUUACUUUGGCUGUUCAACACCCCUUGAGUAUACUGAGCCUGAAAAGAGGUUACUUUUAAUGUUUGCAAUCUUCCCACAAGUCUAGAUAAAAGAUUCUGCAUAUCACCAUAAACCAAAGCAGCUAUCACAGUGUGAAUUCUAUAUAUCUGCAGAUUUCAACUUAGACUUCAUGCAUUAGUAGUGUCAAUAGUUGUGACCAUAAUAGUGACCAUACUAGUGACCAUAGUCGUGACCAGUGACCAUAGAAGUGACCAAAUUUUCUUCAGAAGCUUAGCUAAGGCACUGCUGCAUCAAUUAGAGCUGUUAGAUAAAAAUAAUUUCUUAAAAAGAUAAAUAUAAAUACUUUUUGUAAAAUUUGCAAAAUGUUGAUAGUAAAAUUUAUUUUCAGAAUUUGCUAUGCAUUUAACUCUAAAUGUGUGUUGAAAUGCCAGUGUAUGCUUUUCUUAAAUUGAAUUCUAAUUGAAUUUUUAAGACAUUUAUGAAUAUGUUCAAAUGCCA